AUGGAUGGCCAUGUUGAUCCCUAUGGGCGUAGUAAAGCUUUUGCUGAGCAGUUAGUUCUGAAGAGCAACGGCCGCCCCCUAAGGAACAAGGAUAACAGUGGAAAAUGCCUGUACACAUGUGCAUUGCGUCCGGCUGCAAUUUACGGACCUGGUGAAGAAAGACACCUGCCUAGAAUCAUGACACUGGCAAAGUGGGGUCUGUUACCAUUCAGGAUCGGUGAUGCUAGCGUGAAAACCGACUGGGUUUAUGUUGACAAUCUUGUGUUAGCUCUACUAUUAGCUAGCAUGGGACUUUUGGAUGAUAUUCCAGGAAGAGGACAUCCUGUUGCUGCUGGACAACCUUACUUCAUAUCUGAUGGUAAUCCAGUUAAUAGUUUUGAGUUCCUGUCUCGCUACUCAACAGUUUUGGAUUAUGAGAUCUCAAAGAGGUCCUUAUCAGUAACCCAUGGCCUGCUUUUAGGAAAUUUCUUUUGGGCAUUGUACUCUAUUAUGUACCCUUGGUUAAAUCAGAAGUGGCUUCCUCAACUGCUGAUGCUUGCAGCCGAAGUAUACAAGGUAGGUGUAACUCAUUUCUUCUCUUUUCUAAAGGCUAAAGAAGAGCUCGGCUAUAUCCCUUUGGUGAGUCCUCGUGAGGGCAUGGCCGCAACUAUUUCAUACUGGCAAGAGAGGAAAAGGAGAUGCUUGGAUGGGCCAACUAUAUAUGCAUGGCUAUUCGCUGUUGUGGGAAUGCUCUUAUUAUUUGCUGCUGCAUUCCUUCCAGAUUUUGGAUCGGUUCCCUUAGUUAGAUCUUUUGGUCUUCUAUUCUUUCGCUCUGUACCCAGUUAA